AUGGUUGUACACAAUCCUAACAAUUGGCAUUGGGUCGAUAAGAACUGUACCAGCUGGUCCAAAGACUAUUUCAAUGAGAAAGUGGUUGGAUUAAGUGUUGUCACUGAAGAAAAUACUUCGGUUGGGGUUACUUCUCUUCUGUCAUUAGAAGGAGACGUUGAAGUUUGUCAACGUAAAGGUAAAGUGAUAUCAAUUUUUGAUUUGAAAUUGACCUUAACCAUUGGAGGAUACUGUGAAGAUGAAAAAAAUAAAAAGGGCGAAUUUAAGGGUUCGAUUAUAAUUCCUGAGUUAGCUUAUGAUACUGAACCAGAAGAGCUCCAAUUUGAUAUCAGCAUAUAUAAUGAAAACAAAGAAAACGAAAAGAUGAGAAAAGUCAUCAAGAGUUACUUAAUACCUAAAUUGAGAGACGUUUUAUCGAACUUUGGUCAUGACUUAAUUGUCACCCAUAGUUCCGAUAUUCAAUUAGACUCAGGUAAAGUUAAUUCGACUUAUACUAAAGCAAACCAAACUGGUAAGCAAACCGCCCCACAAACAAAAUCGGUUCCAUCCAAAUCUACUGCCACUCCCGCUCCAUCUGCUCCAGUGACCAAUUCUAAUGUACCCAGGUACAAUACCUCCACGUUACAUUUGGAACCCGAUUUCAACACCACUGCCGAACAGUUGUACAUCACCCUAUUGGAUGGCCAACGUGUUAUGGCCUGGUCGAGGUCAGUUCCAGAAAUCGAAGCUUUCCCCCCAAAGGAAGGUAGUUCUUUCAAAUUAUUUGGGGGGUCUAUAAGUGGUAGAUUUCUCAAGUUGGUUCCUAACGAACGUAUUGUUCAAUUAUGGAGAUUGGAAGACUGGAAAUCUGGCCAUUAUGCCGAGCUAGACAUCCAGUUCAAGCAAGGUGCUGGUGAAACCAAAAUGGUUGUCAAAUGGUCUGGUAUUCCAAUUGGUGAAGAAGAAAGAGUUAAGGAUAAUUUCGAAAACUACUAUAUCAGAUCCAUCAAAAUUACCUUCGGUUUUGGUGCUGUACUCUGA